AUGAACCAAACUAAGGUGGCAGCCCUUACUGAGGCUGUGAGAAAACUAUAUGGAGACAGUGCAGCAAGGAAACAUGUUAAAGUUGUUGUGAACAGGCAACUUAGGAAUAUGGGAGAAACUAUUCUCGCCCAUAUUUUAGGUUUACCUUUUAUUGCUGCACAAUCAUCUUGUCCACAUUCAUUCAUUUUAAUACGACCUAUCACCUGCUUAAAUUCGCUUGAAGAAAAGGGCACAUUAGAAAACAAGCGACGUUCUGGAGGACAGUCUCGACACAUACCACCUAAAUCCACUGCAGAAAAGACUUUAAUAGCCUUGGCAAAGAAAGAUAAAUAUGCCAGUACAUCAAAACUAUGUGUAGAAAUGAAAGAAAAUGAAGGUAUCAUUGUCUCAAAAAGAACCAUCAGAAGACACUUGUAUGAACGUAAUUCACCCAACUCUACAUUCAAGCUAAAGGGACACAAUCUUAGCACAUCUAAAUUAAACCUGGACAGAGUCUUAGAUAUGCAGAUGGGGUAUUUAGAAGGACUUAAACAUGCUCUUGAAAGAAAGAAGAUGAAACUAGAUGACCUUAAUUACCAAGAGGAAAACUCCCGAAAUAUGGAUGAGUUUUGCGUAUUGAACCACUUUAUGGCCGUGAACCCUAUGUGUGCAAGAAGUACACCAUGCUGUCUGUUAUAA